GGAGGUGAAUGAUUCCAGCGACGGGGUCCCCUUGGAAACGGUUGCUAGGGUGUUGCUCAGGAAUGUGAAUAAGGUCACAAAAGAAUAAAGAAGAUCAUGGAUGACACAAAACAAAGUGUGGGGAGAGCCACGUCCAGUGAUGGGAGGUUUCUCUCCAGGAUGGCUCUCAACGAUAACAAAGCUGGAAUGGAGGGGUUAGAUAAAGAGAAAAUCAACAAGAUCAUAUUGGAAGCCUCAAAGGGUUCUCGGUUUUAUGAGAAUGAGUUAAAGAAGGAGCAGCAAGUCAACCAACGAAUCGAGAAGAUGCUGCAGCAAAAAGAGCAAAUCACUGAGCAACAGCUCAGCAAAGCACAAUCACAGGUGGAGAAGCUUGCAGUGGAGUUGGAGAGAGGUCGUGAGCUUGGAUACACCAUAGUGCACGUUGACAUGGAUGCUUUCUAUGCAGCUGUGGAGAUGAGGGACCGCCCAGAGCUGAGAGAUAAACCAAUGGCUGUGGGGUCCAUGAGCAUGCUGUCAACUUCUAAUUAUCAUGCUAGGAAGUUUGGAGUGCGUGCUGCCAUGCCUGGGUUUAUUGCAAAGAAACUGUGUCCCAGCCUGAUCAUAGUGCAACUGCACUUUGACAAGUAUAAAGCAGUGAGUGCAGAGGUGCGAGAAAUAUUUGCAGACUAUGACCCGAAUUUCCUGCCGAUGAGUCUGGAUGAAGCCUACCUGGACAUCACGGAGCACCUCGAGCAGAGGCGAUGCUGGCCGGAGUCCAGGAGGACCUGCUACAUUAGCACAGACAGCCCUUCUGAAGGAGGGAGUGUCAAUGAAGGUGAUGGGAACACUUCUCCAGUGCUUUUUGAGGACAGUCCCCCUCUGCCUCCACAGAAGGCUGUAGUGUUUGGAAUUUCAGCUGAGGAGGUGGUGAAGGAAAUGCGCUUCAGAAUCGAGCAGAGGACCACAUUAACAGCCAGUGCAGGCAUAGCUCCAAAUAUGAUGUUGGCAAAAGUUUGUAGUGAUAAGAAUAAACCAAAUGGUCAGUAUAUGAUCCCCUCCGAUCGACAAGCUGUGAUGGACUUCAUCCAGGGAUUACCUAUUCGGAAGGUGCCAGGCAUAGGGAAAGUGACAGAGAAAAUGCUGAGAGCCCUUGGGAUUACUACCUGUGCUGAGCUGUACCAGCAGGGGGCACUGCUCACCCUCCUUUUCUCUGAAACAUCAUGGCAUCAUUUCAUGGAGAUAUCACUCGGUUUGGGUUCAACACAUAUUGAGAGGGAUGGCGAGAGGAAGAGUAUGAGCACAGAAAGGACUUUCAGCGAGCUGAGUAACGCAGAGGAUCAGUACAGCUUCUGCCGUGAACUCUGCCACGAUCUCGCUCAGGAUCUGCUCAAGGAAGAGUUGAAGGGAAAAACAGUAACCUUGAAACUGAAGAACGUGAAUUUCGAUGUUAAAACCAGGGCUUCCACUGUGUCUUCUGUCGUCUCCACUGAAGAAGAAAUAUAUGCUAUAGCAAGGGACCUGCUGAAGACAGAGAUUGAUAAUGCCAGUCCACAGCCCCUGCGAUUAAGGCUUAUGGGGGUACGAGUCUCUGGGUUUCCGGCGCAAGAAGAUAAGAAACCUCUCCAGAAGAGCAUCAUUGGUUUCCUCCAAGCAGGAAAACUGGUGGCUCCUACUACUGUGGACAAUGUCAGCCAAGACACCAGAACCAACUCGGGCGAAAAAGACAGCAGAACCAACGCAGGCGAACAAGACAGCAGAGCCGACACGAGCGAACAAGACAGCAGAGCCGACACGAGCGAACAAGACAGCAGAGCCGACACGAGCGAACAAGACAGCAGAGCCGACACGAGCGAACAAGACAGCAGAGCCGACACGAGCGAACAAGACAGCAGAGCCGACACGAGCGAACAAGACAGCAGAGCCGACACGAGCGAACAAGACAGCAGAGCCGACACGGGCGAACAAGACAGCAGAGCCGACACGGGCGAACAAGACAGCAGAGCCGACACGGGCAGUCAAGACAGCAGAACCAACACGGGCGAACAAGACAGCAGAACCAACACGGGUGAACAAGAAAGCAGAACCAACACAGGUAAACAAGACACCAGAGCCAACACGGACGAACCAGAAGGAGCUUUGAGUUUCUUUAACAAGAAGAGAGCUGCGCGAGAGCAGGCUGAUGAGCAGCAGCGACAGUCCUUCUUUGAGAAGGUCCAGGCCCAGAGGCAGCGACUCCUGGAGACACAGCAGGCCCGUGACCAUGGGGAUGCUCCGAUCAGCCACAGAGUCAGAGAGGAUGAGGGAGGACCGUCAUCAAGCAGAAACAACAGACCUUUGGGUCAAAGCUUCACUUGUCCUGUCUGUUUCCAAAAGCAGAACACAACCAAUCUGGAGACCUUCAACAGGCACAUUGACGAAUGCUUGAGCGGAUCUCCAGUGGAUGAGCCCAGUUUAGUCCCUGGUGUGCAAGAGGGUGCAGACCUGAUAGUCGAUGAACCUACAAAAAAGUGCCUGGAUAAUAGGACCUGCACUUUGCCAAGGAGGAAAGAUUUGAAAUGCGACAGAACAGUGGGCAUAGUGCAAUUGGAAGACAUUUCACUGGGUCAUUGUAGUACUUCCCUAAUCCUCCCUGUCAAGCACGGUGCUGAUAUAGUAACAUCAACAAAGACAGUCCCAGGAGGUACAGAGAGUUUAAUGAACAUCACACAUCCUAUUAGGGAGUCGUAUUCUAAUAAUGUAGCUUCAGUUAAGGAGACAACCAUCUCACAGGGUUGCCGAAUAACAAGUGUUCCCAGUGACAGUUCUUCAAAAAAACACAACAGCACUGUAAAAACAGGAGGGAAUUUUGAGCAGGAUGGAGUUAAUCCCAGUUCAGGGCUAAGUGCAGGAGUUCCUGAAAGCAAGGGGGAUGUUGGGCUGACACUCGGAGAAGGUGCUCUGAAAAGCUGGUCUUUAAAAGGGCAAGAAGACACCGCCCUGGUGUGUCCUGUCUGUAACCUUAAACAAGAAACGACUGACCUGUCCCUGUUCAAUAGGCAUGUAGAUGUUUGUUUAAAUCAGGAUGUUAUACAGGAACUCAGAGAAGAAAGAGCUUGCUCACAUAAUUCAAACCUUAUGACACACAGGAAGUGUAAAGGGAAGCCAGAGGAUGGACAGAAGUCUCUGAAUUCAAGAAGUAAAAUAAAAAGAUCAGGAUCUCCACCUCUUCACCCGGUAGCGAAAAAGUCAAAAGCCCCUGCCACCAAGAACACUAUCGACAGGUUCUUCAGAUAGACGGCUGUACAAAUAGCAGCCAACCAGGCAUAAGGAGUAACAUCAGAGCCUUGCAAAAGAGUGUCUUUCCAGAGAGAGCUCAUCAUAGUGCAGAAUUACUGCCCAGGAUCGUGAUGGGUUCAUUUCUAUUGCCAAUGCAAAUAAUCAUUUAGCUUUAAAAUAGGGUUUGGUUUAUAACGCAAAAUUAGGCACCAGGCAGGUGCUCUGCCAGUGUGUCUAAUGGCCUGUAUUGCCUCAGGUAUUAUAGCUGCUCUUGCCAGUCAUUAAGCCCUUAAGGUACACAAGUAAUUGAGCAGUUGUUCAAACGGUUUCUUCUUAAAAGACAUUUGAGAGUGACUUAAGUAUCACAAGGAAACUGACCAUUUGGAUGACCAGAUCCAACCUGUUAGUAAUUUAAAACCCUGUUUUGUGCACCUCAUUGCAACAAUAAGACAACAGGACAGCUAUCCCUGGUACCUUAAAGGGUCAGGUGGCCAGUAAUGGACACACAUGUUGUUCUUUGUUGGGGUCAUAGCUAUAAGAACCCAGAUGGGAUAUUGCCUACAUUUAGCUUUUGUUGAUGCACUUGCUUAAAUCCUAUUGGAUAUGUUAUGCACUUAAUAUAAUGAACUCCUUUUUUAUUCUGUGAAUGGUAUAAUGAAGAACUGAAAUGUUAGCAUCUGCUGCAGUGUUGGCGAUAGAUUUAAUUAAAUUUUUUAUUAUUGUCAUAAUUCAGGACAGCAGUUUACAGUAUUUCAAUAAAGAAAUGAAGAGGAAUAUGUAGCUGUACUUUCACAUCCAUAUUAUAUUCUGAUCAAAUAUCCUUCUGUGUGUCCUUCUGGUGUGUUUUUCUUUCUCUUGUAAAAAUGCUAUCAUGUGAAU